AUGGGCUUGUGCAAAUGUGAACGUAAAAAAGUGACAAAUUUGUUUUGUUUUGAACACCGAGUUAAUGUUUGUGAGUUCUGUCUUAUUUCUCAUCAUCCCAGGUGUAUUGUGAAGUCUUAUUUGUAUUGGUUGAAAGAAAGUGACUACUCAUCCGUCUGUGCUAUUUGUUCGAAGCCACUGGGUGAUGAAAGUAGUGGAGAGUGUGUUAGACUUAUGUGUCUAGAUAUUUUUCACUGGCAGUGUCUUGAUAAGUACGCGUCUGAGUUGCCAUCAACCACAGCGCCCGCAGGAUAUGAGUGUCCUUUGUGCUCACAAUCUAUCAUACCUCUAUCAAACCAGGGCGGACCUCUCGCUGAGGCUCUGCGAGCCAAGCUUUCCACAGCAAAGUGGAUGAAACCGAACUUGCAGAUUAAAUCCUCUGCUCCAAGGAUGAAAUUUAAGCCGACCGCGCAUCAUGAGAACGAGGCCGUUAAUAAUAUGGGC